CCUCUCAUCCUGACACUGCCUCCAUCACUUCACUGCAGAUACACGGCAACAAAUAUCAGAUUGGUUGGCAAAGCAACUGCAUUUCUGAUUCUGCAGUUCAGCCUCAGCAGCACCAGGUAGCCUCUGCUCAAAGGUAUACAGCAGGUAGAUGUCAGUCAAAGCUGAUGGAGGUGCGGAUUGGCUUGUUUCUGCCCGCGGGGCUGCAGGCUCCUCCUCCCUUCCAGAGUCCUGAGCUUGUUGCAGACAGUGUGCGCUCUCAGGUUACGCGUGUGAAGUUGUGGACUGGAGGAUAUCGAAGACACGCAGCCACUUAGAGUAGGAGGAAAGCAGAGGCUCUAUUCUGACGUUUCACUCUUUGAAUCUGGGGAAUACAACCACGCAGCGGCUGGGAAACAGCAAGAAAACGACUUUGUGGCAUUUAACUGGGAGACCAAGCAUACCCAACAGUAUGCGGUGCAGUUAUGGCAGGCAAUGGUAAGACAGUCGUGAGGACGCUGGAGGAUUUAACGCUUGAUUCUGGUUAUGGUGGAGCCGCGGACUCGGUCAGGUCGUCCAGCGUGUCGCUGUGCUGCUCCGACACGCAUCAGUCCAUCGUGCAUGGGGGUAACGGCUGGCAUCUGACAGAGUCCAUGCACAGCAGACAGAACAGUUUGGAGACAGUCAACACCGUCCUGGCGGAGGACACGGACAUACUGGAGUGCUCGGGUCAGUGCGCCAAGCUGCCCGAGCUGGAGGACGUGCCAUGGAGCCUUGGCGAGGUGGAGGGCGCACUGAGGAAAGACGAGGAGCUGAUGGUGGGCGACCCUCCACCCGAGGUGCUGGCGCGGCUCUCCGCUCUCAUCAGCAGCGCUCUGGUGAGGGUGGCUCGGGAGGCGCAGCGGCUCAGCCUGCGCUACGCCAAAUGCACCAAGCACGAGAUCCAGAGCGCCAUCAAGGUGGUCCUCUCAUGGACCAUCUCAGUGAACUGCAUCACGGCGGCCCUCAGUGCCCUGUCCCUCUACAACAUGAGCACCGGGGACAAGUUCAGCCGCGGGAAGUCGGCGCGCUGCGGGAUGGUGUUCUCGGUGGGCAAGUUCUUCAGGUGGAUGGUGGAUAGCCGGGUGGCGCUCAGAAUCCACGAACACGCUGCCAUAUACCUCACCGCCUGCAUGGAGAGUCUGUUCAGAGAGGUGUUCAGCCGCGUGCUGCGCAGCGCGCUCGUGGAGAGGGACAACGGCGUGCCCAAGUUUACGCUGGAGUCUCUGGAGCAAGCCAUCAACAACGACUCUGAGAUCUGGGGGCUGCUGCAGCCAUAUCAGCACCUCAUCUGUGGGAAGAACUCAAGUGGUGUGCUGAGCCUGCCCGAGAGUUUGAACCUGCACCGCGACCAGCAGCGCUCGGGCCGGGGGAGCGAAGGUCAGGGCUACUCACAGGCCGAGCUGCGCACGCUGGAACAGUCGCUGCUCGCAACCCGGGUGGGCAGCAUCGCAGAGCUGAGUGAUCUGGUAUCCCGGGCCAUGCACCACCUGCAGCCCCUGCACAUCAAGAACUCCAGCAACGGGACCCCGGUCCACCAGAAGACCCCCAACACCACGGUGCACUGGGAGCCCGAGGCCCUCUACACCCUGUGUUACUUCAUGCACUGCCCACAGAUGGAGUGGGAGAACCCCAACGUGGAGCCCUCCAAAGUCUCCUUACAGACCGAGAGGCCGUUCCUGGUGCUGCCUCCCCUGAUGGAGUGGAUCCGGGUGGCGGUCGCUCACACGGAGCAUCGAAGAAGCUUCUCUGUGGACAGCGACGAUGUGAGGCAGGCCGCCAGGCUGCUGCUGCCCGGAGUUGACUGUGAACCCAGACAAAUAAAAGCGGAGGAUUGUUUCUGUGCCACCAGGAAGCUGGACGCCGCCUCCACAGAGGCCAAGUUCCUGCAGGACCUGGGCUUCAGGAUGCUCAACUGCGGACGGACGGACCUGGUGAAGCAGGCCGUGAACCUGCUGGGUCCGGAUGGCCUCAACAGCAUGAGCGAACAGGGGAUGACCCCCCUCAUGUACGCCUGUGUCCGUGGUGACGAGGCCAUGGUUCAGAUGCUGCUGGACGCCGGCGCCGACAUCAACAGUGAGGUGCCAAGCACAGUAAACAAGCACCCCUCAGUUUAUCCUGAAACGCGCCAGGGGACGCCUCUCACUUUCGCCGUGUUACAUGGACACGUGCCUGUUGUGCAGUUGCUGCUGGAUAACAGAGCGAAUGUGGAGGGAGCCCUGCAGGAUGGGGCGGAGAACUACACGGAGACCCCGCUUCAGCUGGCCUCUGCUGCAGGUAACUUUGAGCUGGUGAGUCUGCUUUUGGAGAGAGGGGCCGACCCGAUGAUCGGGACCAUGUGUCGAAACGGCAUCUCCUCCCUCCCGCUGGGCGACAUGAACUCAUUCAGCCUGGCAGCAGCACAUGGCCACAGGAAUGUAUUUCGAAAGCUCCUGUCCCAGUCGGAGCAGGAAAAGGGCGACGUGCUGUCCCUGGAGGAGAUCCUGGCCGAGAGUUCGGAGCCCGGGGAGAAGAGGUUGCCGCCGCAGGCCAACGGAGGAGGGACACUGCGAACAGGAAAGGCCAGACUGAGGGUCCUGAGAGAGGCCAUGUACCAUAGCGCAGAGCACGGCCAUGUGGACAUCACCAUAGACAUCCGCAGCUUAGGUGUUCCCUGGACGCUGCACACCUGGCUGGAGUCCCUGCGUACCUGCUUCAUGCAGCACCGCCGGCCGCUGAUCCAGGGCCUGCUCAAAGACUUCAGCUGCAUCCAGGAGGACGAGUACACCGAGGAGCUGAUCACACUCGGCCUGCCCCUCAUGUUCCAGAUCCUCCGGACCAGCAAGAACGAGGUGAUAAGCCAGCAUCUGUCAGUCAUCUUCACCCAGUGCUACGGACCCUUCCCCAUCCCAAAGCUGACAGAGCUCAAGAGGAAGCAAACCUCGCGCUUGGACCCCCACUUCCUCAACAACAAGGACAUGUCUGAUGUGACUUUCCUGGUGGAGGGGAAACCAUUUUAUGCACAUAAAGUGUUGCUGUUUACAGCUUCAGCCAGGUUCAAGUCGCUGCUCCAGAACCGACCAGCAGCAGAGAACACCUGCAUCGAGAUCAGCCACGUCAAGUACAAUAUUUUCCAUCUGGUCAUGCAGUAUCUGUACUGUGGGGGCACUGAGUCUUUGCACAUACGCAACACUGAAGUGAUGGAGCUCCUCUCUGCAGCCAAAUUCUUCCAACUCGAGGCCCUUCAGAGACACUGUGAGAUCAUCUGCUCCAAGAACAUCACCACGGAAACCUGUGUGGACCUCUACAAGCACGCCAAGAAUAGUAAAAACCCCUCAUCUCUUACACCACAGUUCCUCGGUGCCACGGAGCUGACGGCUUUCAUCGAGGGCUACUUCCUGAAGAACAUGGUGCUGCUCGUUGAACUGGACGGCUUCAAGCAGCUGCUGUACGAGCCCCCCGCCCCCGAGAGCCCCGCCUCCAGCCCCGGCAUCUGCUCCGACAUCCUGCUGGACCUGGAGAAGACCCUGGCCGCCCGCAUCCACUCCAUCCACCUCUCCACCUCCAAGGGCUCCGUGGUGUGAAGCCCUCCAACCAGGCACAGCGUCCAUGUAACACCGCCUCCAACAUCCAGCCACAGCUGUCCCGCCCCCACUGCUCAGGGGGGGGGGGGGGCUGUCGGAGGUUUUUAUGUCAGGGAUUCCCUUUAAUUCUGCCUGUUGCAGCCCCCCACCCCCCUUAAGGGAUAAAGAUGACAAAAUCAAAUGGAGAACUUUCUCUUCCUCGUCAAAAUGGCACUGAUCACCUCACAGUACGAGAACUGUCAAAUACUGACUCCACUCAGCAGUAUCACUUAGACCUAAUCAUGAUUAUGAAAUUCAUAUAGGAUACAUGCAUGAAUUAAUUCUGUACACCUUUUUUUGCUUAAAAAGGUUCUAGAAGUAGGAUUUUCACUCAAUAAAAGCAGCUUUCUCAUCAUCUCUAAUAUGAGACUUUAGGUUUACAAACAUCAUCUUAUGGAAGUGGAUGCCAUCGCAGUAUAGUUUGACACAUGCCAAAAUAUAUUCCUACUAUACAACCAAUAAAAGUGACUCGUAGCAAUGCCAGCAGACGGACUUUAGGUGGACUUAUUUACAUUUCUGUCACUUCUAUGUUGGAUAAGUUUCACUGUUAUAUCUACUGUGUGCAGAGGCCAAACUGAUCACAGGAACUUCCACACCUGAAGUUUCACCGCUCAGUGGAAUCUAUGCUGACGUAUGCUUGAAACACGGAUGUCCAACUGGGAAAUUAACUUGUGAUAACUCCACGAACACUGUUCUUUGCAUGACACCUCCUCAACUGAGCUGCCCUGAUAUUGCUUUUUAUGCAGAGCAUUCUUCAUGGACUACUUUCGCAGAGGGGAGAAGGGGAAACGCUGCUUAUUAACUUUCUACCCACUGCAAAACUGACUGAGCUGAGAUGGAUUUGGAUUGGCAGGGACUUUAUUCAAAGCAAAGUGUAAAUACGUCCUUUAAGUCAUCGUGCUGGUCGUUCUUUUUUGUAAACUGAUGUACAGUAUACUCCCACACCCUGAUGACACCAGUCUCACUGAAUGUUCUCCUGAACAGUUUGUAUGUGUCUGUUUAUGCAAACGUUGCAUGUUUAAUCUUGUUUGUUUGAAUCCUCCGUUUCGCUUUAGGUGUGCUUUCCGUGUAGAUGGGUAGGCUGAGCAGCGUGUGGAUUGUUCCGGAAAAAGACCAGUCAAAAAGACCAUCAAUGACUUUGUUUUUUCUGAUGAAUUCCAUAAGAUCAGGGUAGGUCACUCAGAUGAAUUUUAAAGUCACGGCUUUACCUCAAUAACAUCAAGGAUAGGUUGAAUUCCAUCACACUGUAGGCAGUGAAUGUAUUAGAGACACAGUUAUGUGACUCAUACAUGUAGUGCAUCCCUUCCAUUUGCUUUAACGCACCCUUUCAAAUUGUACCUAAAAUGUUCUGGGAACACUAUAUUUCUUAAACCAUUGACCUUCAUUUGUCAUCAAAUUCACAAUUUAAGACAACACAUCUUUAUAUUCAAACAAAAAAUAAAGGGCAAAAUGUCAAACACCUGAGACUAUUAACACAGCAAUAAUUAAUUAAAGAAAAAUACUUAAAAUGAGACAAUCUAUAAAUGUCCAAAUAUAGAUCUGAAAUGUACCAGUUCAAGUUUCAUUUGUAUUCUACCUGUUUUAACAAAUAAUGAUCGUCACAUUCAGAUGUCUAUAUAAAUUAUUAAUGUGACGGUUCGAGGCGUUUUGUUAUCUGUCUCAGGUGUGACCGUGUGAAGUCAGAGCCAGCAGCUUUAGUAUAAAGAUGUGUUGUUUAAUAAUGUGAAUCCUGGGAAACAUCGGCUACCAAAAUAUUGUGUCUUUGAUAAACUCAGUGCAGAAAUUCAACAUUUUUGUCCACAUAAUUCUUUCUACACACCUAUCAACCACAUGUGGAUUAUAUAAUACUAAUCAAAUCUGAAAGGACCAAAAUGUUAAACUGGCCACAUUUCUUUAUAGCAGCAGCCUUUGUUGUUUUUAUUCUAAAUUGAGCCCCGUCACUAAGAUACCAUCCAUCUGUAUUUAGGAGCAAUCCUUGAACCUACAGUAUUUGAUUGAAUGUAACAAUGCAACAGAAGUUUAAUAUUUACAAAAAUGGGCAAUAUCUUUAGUCCAGCAGCAUACCAAAAAAAUGAAACAUCCUUUUGUUUCCGGUGUCUCCUGUGCCCUCAUAGUUUGUGAUGUUGUUCCUACAGGAAUCCGACUCUACCUUUGGACAGAUCUUAAAUCAUUGUAGCACACUCAAAAUGGAUAAAUUAUAUGUGUUAGGCCCAACCACAUUUUAACAGAAACAUAAGCAUAUAAGAGUUGGUUUAAAGUUCUGUAAAUAGUUACAGAAAGGGAAAUAUAGAUAUUAACCUACGGCUUUAUUUUCUUACCUUUACAUAGCACUCUAUAUUUUAUUUUACAUUCCACAGCUAUUUUGUUUUACAAAAGUUAUAAAAGAUUAUAUAAAAAGAUGCUUUGAAAUCAAGCAAUAUUUAUGUGAAACUGUACUACUCUGAGUAGUAUGGUGAAUAAUAUGCCACAGGAUAUUGAGCUACUGUAUAAAUGUGAAUUGAACGACACAUAGCAAAAACAAAUGAGUGACUGAAAAACCCUGAAUAUAAUAGCUGUCUUUAUAUUUCUGUGACAUCCCAUUUAUUACAUUUUGUUAUGUAUUUCCCUCAUUUUAAAAGAAAUUGUAUAACUUAUAGGGUGCCAGUUUGUUGAUUUAACACUGAAAUAAAUAACAUUAAGCUUUAUACCGAAUCAUAAAACAUUCCCACAUUUUAAGUGAAACAUGUUAUUUAAAGGGUAAAUGUAACUUAAAGAUGCAAACCAUUUUGUCUCCACUGAGAUAAAAAGGUUCAUAAUGAUGUCAAGCACUUCUUGUGCAAGUGUUACUCUCACACGUUCAGAAGCAUUAUAACAGUGAGCUAGUCUUAUUGUGAUAAACAGCAGCUGAAUAUGGCUUUAGAAUAAGAGAAUACGUCGGAAUCUUUUUUUAUUUAGUCUUAAUGUGAUGCUAUUAAAAAGGCUAACGUUAGCUUGCCCCUGUGCUGCGAUUUGAUUAGAAACUGGGUCAAAGCCGUUAAAUGUGGGUUUGCAUGGCUGUUCUUGUUUAAUGUUGUUGAGAAUGUGCUUUGUACACCAGCUUUGUCAAACAACACUCUCCUCUUAGUUUGUCUGAGCAUUUAUGUGCCUGCGUAUUUGUUCCUGGUAAUAAACAACACGGUGACACCUAGACGCAGUGGAAACAUGCAUCAACGAUGGGGACGGGGGUUGAACUUUUUUGCUAUUCUUUUUUCCUUUGAUGAGAACAUGUAUAUUGUACAAAAUAUAUAUAUAAAGUAUACAUGGUGUGAGAAGCAGGGAUGUGGUAGAGUUUAACAACACAGAGGAAUGUUACACUCAUGCUGCAGUUUCUGUUGUUCCAUGACAUGCUUUUGUGGACAGCUAAUAAAUGACCAGAGUUUAAACUGUAUCAAA